ACAGUCGUAGCCGGGAUCGUGAGCUCAGACGCUGGAUACGGAGACAACAACAGUGACAGACCGAGCCCGCACUUGUGUUGGCCUCCAGCGAUGGCUGUCGUCUGAACGGUGGAGCCAGUAGCUUGCCGCAGUUUACCUCGUAGUUCAAUCCUCAUGAAGGAGCUCCGUCCGGGCUGAGUUUGGGAGAUGGGAGUCCUCAACAUUGCAGACCAGCCUCCUCUGGUCCAGGCCAUCUUCAACCGUAAUGCUGAAGAACUUCAACUACUAUUGCACAAAAAGGAGGAUGUCAAUGCACUGGACCACGAGCGCCGUACGCCACUUCAUGCUGCUGCCUGUGUGGGUGACGUCCAUAUAAUGGACCUCCUCAUUGAGUCAGGUGCCAGUGUUAAUGCUAAAGAUCACAUAUGGUUGACCCCAUUGCACAGGGCAGCUGCUUCCAGGAAUGAAAGGGCAGUGGGUCUGCUGCUGAGGCGCGGAGCAGAGGCAAAUGCACGAGACAAGUUCUGGCAGACGCCACUGCAUGUGGCGACUGCCAACCGUGCCACGCGCUGCGCAGAGGCCCUGCUGACCCAGCUGAGCAACCUGAACAUGGCAGAUCGCACGGGCAGAACUGCUUUGCACCAUGCUGCUCAGAGUGGGUUCCAAGAGAUGGUGAAGCUGUUGCUGAACAAAGGGGCCAACCUGAGUGCUAUUGAUAAGAAGGAGAGACAGCCCAUCCAUUGUGCUGCUUACUUGGGGCAUGUGGAGGUGGUGAAGUUGCUGGUGUCCCGCAGUGCCGACAAGUGCUGCAAGGAUAAGCAGGGCUACACACCUCUCCAUGCUGCUGCUGCAAGUGGUCACCUCGAAAUUGUAAAGUAUCUGCUGAGGAUGGGGACAGAGAUUGAUGAGCCCAAUGGCUUCGGAAACACUGCGCUCCAUGUGGCUUGCUACAUGGGGCAGGAGGCUGUGGCUACUGAGCUGGUGAACCAUGGGGCUAAUGUUAACCAGCCCAACAAGUGCGGCUACACCCCCCUGCACCUGGCUGCCGUCUCCACCAACGGGGCCCUGUGUCUGGAGUUGCUGGUCAACAAUGGGGCAGAUGUCAACCAGCAGAGCAAAGAAGGGAAGAGCCCCCUGCACAUGGCAGCCAUUCACGGACGCUUCACACGCUCUCAGAUCCUCAUCCAAAAUGGUGGGGAAAUUGAUUGUGUGGAUAAGUAUGGCAAUACUCCUCUCCACGUUGCUGCUAAGUAUGGCCAUGAACUGCUGAUCAGCACUCUAAUGACCAAUGGAGCAGACACGGCCAGACGUGGGAUCCAUGGAAUGUUCCCCUUGCACUUAGCUGUGCUGUACGGGUUUUCAGACUGUUGUCGCAAGUUACUCUCCUCAGGUCAGCUGUAUAGUAUAGUUUCAUCUAUGAGUAAGGAGCAUGUACUAUCCGCUGGGUUUGACAUAAACACCCCUGACAACUUUGGGAGGACCUGUCUACACGCUGCUGCCUCUGGAGGAAAUGUGGAAUGUCUGAACUUGCUCUUAAGUAGCGGUACCGACUUAAACAAGAGGGACAUAAUGGGAAGGACACCAUUGCACUAUGCGGCUGCUAAUGGGAGGUACCAGUGCACUGUGACCCUGGUGAGCGCUGGCGCUGAGGUCAACGAGCCUGACCAGACAGGUUGUACUCCCCUGCACUACUCUGCCGCGUCCCAAGCCUUCAGCAGGUUGGAAAACUGGUCUCUCUCCUUCUGUAGGAGCACAAGCCACCAAAAAGUUGAUCGUCAUUUUACCGCGAACCAUCAGAACGAUGAGGACGAGGCAAAGGAGUCAUACUUCUGCUUGGAGCAUCUUUUGGACAACGGUGCUGAUCCAUCGAUGGUCAACACAAAGGGUUACAGUGCUGUUCACUAUGCAGCUUACCACGGCAACAAACAGAACCUGGAGCUGCUCCUGGAGAUGUCCUUUAAUGCACUAGGAGACAUAGAGAGCAGCAUUCCAGUCAGUCCUCUGCAUCUUGCUGCUGACAAGGGCCACUGGCAGGCGCUGCGUGUGCUGACUGAGACCGCAGCUUAUGUGGACAUGCAGGAUGCUGCAGGUCGGUCUGUGCUCUACUUGGCCGCUCAGAAAGGCUACGCCCGCUGUGUGGAGGUGCUGUUGGCUCAGGGAGCGUCCUGUCUCCUCAAUGACAACCGUCUCAUGUGGACUCCGAUUCAUGUUGCAGCUGCCAAUGGCCACUCAGACUGCCUGCGUAUGAUGAUUGAUUAUGGGGAGGAUGGGGAUCUCACCAACGUUGCAGACAAAUUUGGACAGACCGCUCUGAUGCUUGCUGUUCAGGGAGGUCACACCGACUGUGUCCACUUCCUGUUGGAGAAGGGGGCCUUGCCAGAUUCCAAGGACAAGAGGGGCAGCACAUCUUUGCACAGAGGGGCGGUGUUGGGCCAUGACGACUGUGUGACCGCCCUGCUGGAGCACAAAGCUACUGCCCUGUGUAUGGACACCCAGGGCCGGACACCGCUUCACUACGCUGCGUCCAGAGGCCACACGGAGAUCAUGGCCAGUCUGGUGCAGGCCGCCGUGGCCACAGACCCCCAGGAUAAACUGCUGGACAACAAACAAUACACCCCAUUACACUGGGCUUCUUACAACGGGCAUGAAGACUGUUUGGAGGUUUUACUUGAAUUUAAAACAUUUAUCCAUGAAGAGGGAAACCCUUUCACCCCCCUGCACUGUGCUCUGAUGAACGGCCAUAGCGGUGCAGCAGAGAGGCUGCUGGAGUCUGCUGGGGUCCAGAUGAUUAACACCAGAGAUGCCAAAGGAAGGACCCCACUGCAUGCUGCUGCAUUUGCUGAGGAUGUCGCAGGACUUCAGCUCGUGCUGCGCCACGGGACAGAGAUCAACGCAGUGGACAAAAGGGGACGCUCUGCUCUGAUGGUAGCUGCCGACAAGGGACACAGUGGCACUGUCGCCAUCCUUCUUCACCGGGCCAAGGCUGACCUGACACUGCUGGAUGACAACAGGAACACUGCCCUGCACUUGGCCUGCAGCAAGGCUCAUGAGAUGUGUGCCCUGCUGAUUCUGGGAGAAAUCCACAGUCCCACACUCAUAAAUGCCACCAACAGUGCUCUGCAAAUGCCCCUCCAUCUCGCAGCACGUAAUGGCCUGGCUACGGUGGUGCAGGCACUGCUGAGUAGAGGAGCCACUGUGCUGGCUGUGGAUGAGGAAGGCCACACCCCAGCUUUGGCCUGUGCUCCCAACAAGGACGUCGCUGACUGCCUGGCUCUGAUCCUCUCUACCAUGAAGCCUUUCCCCCAGCGGGACCCCUCCUCCUGCUCCUGCUCCUCUCCCACCGUCUCCCCAUCCCCGGGUCUCAACUUGCUGAAGCACUGCGGCAUCACCGCCGCCUGCGCCCCGCUGCCCAGCAACGGCCUCCACAACGGCUACGUCAAAGACCAUCACGGUGCACCGGUUGGCCUGGAUGGGUGUCUGUCUGAGUGAGGUCGUGCGCACCCCCCUCAGUCAGCUGCUAUCACCAUCAUCACCACCAGGGGGUGACUCCCUUUAACAUGGCCCAGAGGACCAGGAGAGCACCCACCCAUACGUCUGUUCUCUGUAUGUAUGUGUUUGUGCGUCUGUGUGUGCGUGAGUGUUUGGUCUUCUCUUGAGGUGCAGUCAAACCUAAUAUGCAAUUAGAUCCCAUUCCUCCAUCUCCUAGUAGUGCUUAACUCGUAGAGGCCACUUGCUCUACAAGGUCACUCAAGAUAAAGUGCGGCAUCCAAAACAAACACGAGCAAUCUGGACACCUCGAAAUCAUUUAACCCUUUAAAACCAUGUAGACACAAUUCUAUAACCAACAUCUAAGAGCAUGGAAGUCUCUGUAUCCUCAACUGUCUUUUUUCAUCAUAUCACUCAGUAUAAAAGUCAUAUCAUAUUUAAUCCGAUGUGGUGACCUUGUAGAGGAACAUACAGCCUUCCCAAAAGAUUGAUCAAAGAGUUUCUUUGUGUUUUGGUGAUAUUUUUGUUUUCUUUCUUUCGUUGAUUUUUUUUGUUGUUUUUAAUUGUCCGUUAGCUUAGAUUUUUAUGAAGGAACCACACAAGGGAAAAUCUAAAUUUUGCUUAAGAGUGCAAUGCUUGUGUACCACAGUACAAUCCGAAAUUUGGAAAAAGGGUCACAAAGAUGUUAAUUCCAUAGUGUACUUUAAAACGUACAGCCUAGAAUCGUUUUUUGGCAUUUUAAGAUGAUUUGGUACCGCUGCUGAAUACAGAAGCAUGUCUCCUUCCAAAGGAGCGCCGUGCUCGGGUCGGCAUUGGGACAUCAGUCUGCUCUGAAUGCUGACUUCAUGUUUUAAAGAUGCUAAAUAAGUGUUUGUUAAGCUAGAAUGUUUCUAAGCAUAUAAGUUAUGACCAAAGUUGAUCAACACUACUAUGGCUAUAAAUUAUUUAUUUGAGAUGAACUGUACUGUAUAGAGAAAGACAAUAGAUCUUGAUAUACCUCGUCAACUCGUUUAGCAGCUGCUUCAUCUUCACCCAGGGUCCGUAGGCCUAAGGUUCUCUUUUUGUAGGACUAGAGAACUACUGUAGGAUAGUGACUGACUGAGGCCUUGUUUAUUUCUAGAUGAAGGCUUUACUAGUAAUAUCUGCCAACAACACCUCAUCAAAGCGUCAUAUAUCUGAGCACAUAAAUGAACAAGCCAUUUCAAUUUAUUUCCCAUCUCUUUAAAAGUGUUUUGGAGGGUGUGUUAUUUUUUUUGGGGGGGGGGGGGGGGUGGGGACAGAUUUCAGAAUUCCAUUGGCCUAAUUAUUGAAAUAGAGCAAUCGGUUCUUUUUGGCACUAAUGACUUUUUGUUGUGUUUCUGAAGUUGAACCGGCCGUCGGCACCAUCGUUUUACCAGCCCUCUCCAUGAGGAGUAUUUGUCAGAGCUGGUGAACUCGUCUCGAACAUCUAACAGCUUAUGUCUCAGCUUCUCGCUGGUCAACUCUGAUCAAUUAUUAUAACUGAAAGAUAAAAAAAGAGUGUCUUCUGCUUUUUCUAUUGGGCAGUUUUCAAGCAAUAUUUUCUUUUGGCCUUUUUUUCUUCGGUUAAACAUUAUUGAAUAGACAAUCACUGUCACAAGGGCUUUUGUUUCCCUGGAAUGUGUUUGAAUUUUUCUUGAUUUAUUUUUCAAUUUUUUAUUUAAUUAUUCUUUCCUUUUUUAUUUCUCAUGAAAAAUUACUAAAGACUUAACGAAUGGCUCUGUUAGUGUGCCGGGGCAUUUUACUGUCAGUGUCAACACGAAUGCACUGGGCUGCCUUUGUGGCAUCCCAUGAAAUGCCUUUUUGACCCAUGCCUUCCGUAACACAUCAUUUCAGUUGGAUUGCAUAAUGACAGAGUAUGACGAGCCCUGAAUCUGAUCAUCUUUCCACCCAUUUGAUAGCGACAACAUGGAACACGGUCAAAUCAUAUUAUCUAGUGGAAAAACAAAACAUUGCCCAGCAUAUCUAUUAUAUAUGUAACGGCAAUAUCAACGACCAGGGGGCUGGUGUCCCUUCUAGAAGCAAAUAGGGCUAAGAGGAAAAGGAGGGGGAUCUUCGCUUAGGCCAAUACCUGUUGUUUAGAUUUCAGGAAUAGCAGAAAUCCAAAUAUGUGCUUUUUUGGUGUUAAUUAUGUCGUUUCCUCAUCCCAUUUCUGGUACUAAGCAUACUAAAGAUGAUUGUAUCGGACCACUAGAGCUGUUUGUGACUUUAAGAUGUUAUAUCUAUGCUAUUUUGUCCUCUUUCGUUUUCUUCUUCUUUUGUUUCAAACCAUCCGCUGGUGGUUAAAUUACACUGAGUAAGAUUGUUUUCAUUGGCGUGAUAACUUCAUAUCCACUGGUAAUGAAGUGGCACAAUUGCACACAUUAGUUGACUGGAUGAGAGAUGAGGACCUAGACUAGGCUAUGUUGUUGAUUUUUCACCCUGCGAAAAGUUGUUCACGUUGUCGUAUCUUAUUUGACUAACAAAAAUUAACAAGUCCAUUUCAGAGCAGUGAUUUCUCGGUUGGUUAAGUAGAUUUGUAUUCGUCAUUUCAAUUCAAAAAACCUCCAUAACUGACUGAAAUGAAUCAGAACUAAUCGGCGACUCUCGGCCUUUGGUGUCUUGAUCAUUUUCUAAUUUACUGGAGAACACUUAUAUUGUUGUUAUAAUUAGGGAUAGGUGCAUCAUUUUCUUUUGUAAUCUCAGGAUCUGUGCUGAAGCCGCAGGCAGAACUUUACUAAUCCAAUCAGAUCUCAGCAGGAUGAUAAUGUCUACAUUUUUAAUGGGAACUUCUAUUAAUUUAAUUCCUUUUUAACCCUAAUCCCACAGCACUUAAUUAGAUAGUCAAGCACGCACUUUAGUACAUUCAGGUUCUAAGUGUGCAGAGGAGCAUAUGUAAUGUAUGUACCUAUGUUUACAUGCAUGUGUGUUGCUGCUGAAUACAGGAAGGAAGCGUUGCAAAAGACAAGCAAAGGCUGCAACAAAAAUUGUACUCUAACAAUGCAUUAUUUAAAAAAACAAGCGAGUGUCUCCAAGCACUUCGGGACAGUGUCCACUGCCCACUGACGUUUUUGUGUGUUUUUCUUUUUCUGGGCAAACCGCCCGACAAAAGUGACAAGGUUACAUUACCCAGCCUACUGUUAAUAAUACAGACUCUGGCCUCAGUCACUUUAAGUCAGUCCAGUGAUCCAACACACACCUCAGGCAGGCUCCUCGAAAUACUCACCACACUCUCUGCCAUCUGCAGGUGCUGUCAGAUCGGUCAGUUCAGGCAGGGAUCCUUUUCUCUUGUGAUGUCCUUAUCUGACCAGUACAUGGAGCCAUUGUCCCUCGCAACUAUACAAGUUGUAACUGAAUCCUUUUAUUGUAUCACAGUAUUCUUCUACAUGCUAUUUUUUUUUGUGUGUGUGUGCGCGUGUGUAUACCAGUGAUAACUGAGUGAUUGUGCAUGGAGCUAGAUCACAAUUUUGAUAAAGUUAACGAUUAAACAAACGGAGCAUAUACAAUAUAUCUGGAGUCGGAAAGCAAUGAAAGGUCCAAUUGUAGCAAUAGAGCGUGUGUGUAAAAUGUGUGCAGCACAAAUAUUGCACUGCCAUCCAUUCAGGCCAAUUCAGUAAAUCAUAGCAUAAAUGCCAAUGGAAGAAUUGAAUGCGGGUUCGAUGUUCUAAUCUUUGGUCACAAGUGAGGCCUGAUUGCCAAAACAUGGAGAGAGGGAAACCUCUCGGUGACGCAGCAAUGGAUUUAUGCAUAUGUUGAAGCAGUUUACAGUCUGACCAUCAAAUCUGAGCCAUGAAUUUUUUCUGACUGAAAUGAAUGUAGGGUCAGUUUAGAGCAGGACAACUUGCUUUCUCCCGACUUUAAACUGUUGCUCUUCAUUUGUCGUGCGUAGAAGCGAUUUAUACAGGUAGCAUGUCAUAACCUACUUCUCUACAUGAUAUUCAGUAAGUGUAGUAGUCUUCCUGCAUCGAGGGUCUGGAUAGUGAUUUUCUUUUUGUUGGCAUUAUUGUUGAGAGUAUAGGCCUGCUGUUGUGUGAUAUCACUCUUCUCUCUCUACAUUUGUGUGGAGUGUAGCCUACAAGGUAAACAGAGUCCAGAAGAAUUAAACGUUCAUGUUCAUCCAUUCCAUUGAGACUUGCCUUAGAGCACAGUAAAAACAAGCGGAACGAAAAGGGUCUGCAGUAGAUAUGAUCACACAUACUCGUAAAUAGCCUAUAUUUGACAAAAAUGCACCUAAGCUACACCCAUUUAGUGCCAUAGAAACCUUUAUUUGCCUUUAGACAUAAAUCAUAUUUACUUGGUCCGUAACUUUUUCAGAAGUAGGCAGGAUUAUUACAAUUUUGAGUUUGGAGCUGCAUGUCUUUUGUCGCCAAUUAUUCUAGUCAAAGGAAAUCUAUAAAUAUUUGCAUGGGAUAUUAGUAAUUUAAUACAAGAGUUCUGUUCAAAUUUGGUGUUGGGUAGAAGUCUAUUUUAUAAUUGGACAUUUUUGGGAGAAUAUUGUUAGAUUGCUAUUGGCAAAGCGAUCCCUAGGUUGUGUGUGUGUGUGUGUGUGUGUGUGUUUAACGAGAUGGUUUAUAAUGUGUGUGUUACCAGGAGAAAAUAAAAAACAUUUUUAGAUGUCCCCAAAAAAAAAGAAAACGCAUGGUAUAGACAGUGUAGAAUUGAUUUGCCUCAAUGGAUGUCUCGGUUCUUACUUGAAGUAAAUAGCAAAUUUCAAUUCAACUCUGAUCCACUGUUGAGCCUUUCGCCUUAAAAGCUGAAAAUGGAAACGAUACCUGGCAGAACCGAAUAAGUUGCAUCACCUGUAGAUUUAUGCUUCUUGGUUUGAUUCGCUAAAAAAACAUAUUUUUGAGCUAAUUUUGGUCUUAAAGACGUCCGCGGGUGUCGAGAAGCACACAAAUCAAGUGAGGUAGCACAUAGCUCCAGGUUGCCACGGUGCAGAGAUUGUUCUGAGAGGUUAGGAUUUCGCCAUAUUUGCCACUGUGAAAGAAGGAAUUCAGAAUUCACUUGUAAACAAUCAAGUUUGGCUUCUCUUGUUAUCCAGGGCCGAAUGACACUGGGGAUGAAGGUGGUGUACCUCAACAAAAAACUAUCUAGAUGGAAUAAAGGAAAUUCUUAAGGAAAAAAAAAAAAAAAAGUCUUGUACAGCUAUGCUAACAAAGAGUUAAACUUUUGUUAUCCAUCUUGUCGUGGGUGGUGUAAUUCUGCUUAAACCAGCCUAAAUCGGAGAUGUAUCUACGCGUGAGUGUUAGAUUAGUGUCGGCAGAUGUCCAAUGUUUCCUACCUUACAAACGGGCAGCCCACUGCACCUUGUACUUCUUAUUGGACCUGCAGUUUUACCUCAUCACUGAUCUUUUUGUGACGCCGCUGACAUUGAUCCUCUGUGAUUUCUUCUUGCGUUUUUCCUGAUGCCAGUCGUGUACAUUUCUCUCUUGUAGUGUGUGUUUGUUUGUGUGUGUGAGUAACAUUUCAAUAUCUGCAUGUCGAACCUAAACAUGCACAAUUUCCCCCUUUUUGUUGAAGAACAGAAAAGCAUAGUAACAAUUUGAACACGUGUCUCUUCAUUACAACCAACAGAUGGGUCUGUUAUCUGGUGCGAGUCGUAUAGGAUGAAGGGUACUGUCUAAUCUUAAUGUAGGAAAUGAAGCUAGCUAUAAAAACCUUACCUCUGUAAAUCACAACAAUAAGAUCUUACUGUAUGACUAAUGCUAGUUUGACCACUUCUCCCUGCCUGAACCCUUGGUUAUUAAUUUCCCCACCACCAGUAGGACCUGUGUGAUAUUGAGCACAGUGGUGGCAUGGUGCCUUUUAUUUGUUACUACCGAAAGGUACGGUCUUCCAUUUGUAUUUCCCAGAAGCCUUAUAAUGUGUGGGGGGGGAGAAAUUACACUGAACCUACGUGACGACAGUACAUAGACCCGUUCACCCUCUGAGCACGAAUAUCUCAACCCUAUGUGAUCCUAGUUAUUCAAACAAACAGAAAAAAAAGCCAAGUAACUCCUUCUGUGUGGAUUUAAUGACGCAUCUCCGGUCACUGAGUGCUAGGCGGAAUAGAUUGCACACUACUGAUGCAAUUACGGGCACACCCCACAAGUGAGCGGAGGGAGAUCAAUUGUACGAAAGCACAAAUCCAAAGAAGGCUUCUCUGGACUUAGUUGGCUUCCCCCAACACCGAGGAGAGCAGGAGCCUAUAGACCAAAUUUAGGCGAAAGACGUCGGGAGAGAAAACAUCAGCCUCCUGUCGAGUGCAGAAAACCUGAGGAUUGAUUGUCAGUAACACAUUAACUGUAGAAAGACCAUUUUUUUUCCAGAGCUGCUUCAGAUUGUUUUUCUCGACUCUCUGGUUUUUCAUCGAUGAUUAUGAACCAAGUUGCGAAAACGAUGCGGUACCUGCAUUUCAAGAUCAAGUUUAGGCAAACUGUUGUGACUGUGUUGCAAAUUGAUUGUGGAGAUUGUUUUUGUAUUAUUUUAGGGUAGAACGACUACAAGUAGGUUUGCAGUAGUAGCUGUGUGCAGUGUUAAUAACCGUGUGAUCAUACUAUAGAAGUGACGUAACAUUUGUUGUCUUACUGCGACAUACAGGCAUGAAUCAUCUUCUCUCAAGCUGACCUCGUUUGAAAUAGACAAAUAGAUAAAAGUGCAAUAACCCUGUGUUUAUCAUUGCUUCCUCGGUUGAAAAUAAAUCUUAUUUAAUAUGCCCUUUUUGUUAACACCAAAAGUCACUUGUCUGUAGCAAAUGAAGGAUUUCAAGUGGUCCUCUUGUUUGUGUCCGGAGACGUGGCGUUUGCUCGUGGAGUGAGUGAUAUUCCGUUCUUAAAACUGUGAUCAAUAUCAGACUUUAAAAGCUGACUGCUCAGAGAAAGGAAGGUGCACAAGUUUCCCGGUAGAUUUGAGUAGGUGCAGGUUUUCUUUCCUUUCCUCUGAUAGAUGGACUUUAACGGUAUUGUAGUUUGGAUUUCUGGUUUCUAGCCGAUAGACAAGUUCAUUUGCAUGUGUAGAUGUGUAUAUGCAUCCUCUUCCUCCUCGAAUGAAAUGUUUUCUCAAAAAUAUUUAGACCUGCUGUCAGUGACGUGUGCGGAUAAAAGGAAAUAUGAAAUGCCUUAUAUUUGUUUUCAUUGUUAAGCAUUAAGGGUUCUUACGUGUCCCUCCCUUUUCAGCGUGUAGCCUAAAGCUUGUACAGUUAAGAUACUCAUGAGAUUUAUAUCUACUGAACAAUAGCCUGUGUUUUCAGAAUUUGUUACUUGGAGGUCCUGUGAUUGUGGUUUUUAGAGAAACAUUCCCCUUUGAAAGUGCCGUUUGUUUUCACCAGCAAAAGAUGUGUGUUUUUUGGGGGGGGGGAGGGGGAAUGUACUUACACUAAGGAAAACAAAUGUUCAGAAAACGUUCCGGUGAACCUGUCGAACUGAGUGACACACACAGUCUUCUGAUGGAGCACCUUAUCGACUCGCUCCUUCCACGAGCUCACGAUGGAAGUCGUCUCACUUCGAGCUCGGCUACUCGCAAGCAGCCAUAUCGCUGAAUUUUUCCCAUUAGGAGCCCCCCCCCCCCCCCCCCUUGAAUGUGCUAUUAGAAAUAGCCUACUGUAGAAAGGACGUGUACUGCAUGGUCUGUGACAUUUUAGUCGUGGUUGUCCCCUUUCAUGUUUUUUGUGUUUAGUCUGCUUCACUGUAGAUGUUGCCCCCUCAUCGCGACUCACAAGCUAUUAACAAUCCUCUCACGACUGGACUUGAAGCAGGCAGCGCCCUGCGGCUGAGGCAGCCUUAAUUCAUCGCAAAUUUAAAACCUAGAGGUUAGAGAUAAUGGGUUGCCUGUUUUACUUUGAGUGGCUUAUCUGGGGAAAUACAAAGGAGCCCUUAUUAUGAGUAGAGGGACUCUGAAUCAGGGCAUGUGAUGAGUUACAAUCAAAUGGUUUUUCACAGUGCACCUUCACACAAAAAAGAAAUGGAAUUAAAAAAAAAAAGAUAAAAUAAAAAACAAGGAGACAAAGUUGGCUCGUCCACCCAACAUUCCAAAGUUGAUUUACUUUUCCACAGUCCUGUCCCGCCGAUUGAGGAACGAUUUCUUUUUGUUGCUUUGCUGAUGAAUGAAGUGGGCAUGAGUGUCAAUGACAGGGUUCCCUACUUAGCCUAACGCUGAUUACCUCAUUUACAAAUCUGCAAAUAUACUACUCUACUGUGUCUAAAGGAGUCAAUGCCAUCACCAGCAGCGUGGUCUCUAGACCUGUGAUGACGACAGGACCAAUGAAGUUACUCUGAUGAAAUUAGCCCAUUCAAAAACACAAACCAGUCUGGAAAUAUAGGGUAAAGACACGAUAAAUGUUUCUUUUUUCAAGGCUGAGUGGGCCUCUAAGAUUUCUUUAGUUAGUAAACAGCUGCUACUCCAGUCGGCCUCGGGCACCGUCAGGAAACCUGCACGCUCAACUCUUUGAGAUUAUUCCUGGAGCUUCUUAAAUCAAGUUGUUCAAACCCAAGAUUUAACGAUAUUUUUACAAAAGUGGAAAAAUCUGAAAUUCCGGUUGUCACACUCCCAGCUCCCGAGGCGUCGACUGGGUUAGCAGCUGUCGGCAGUAGCAUGGUUCAAGAAGUCGAGCCGACGCCUGGUGUGUCUCAUGAUUAUUUAAGUGAACGAUCAUGUUAGCAUCACUUGCUGUUUUUCAGUAGCAUUUCUCCUACCUCCUUGUUUUGCAGCCUUGAGUAUUUGUUUGUCUCUCCACCUGUUCUGACUUCUAAAAAAAAACUAUGAAAAAGGGUAUAAAAAAAAAAGUGUAUCACAGUACGGGAAUACAGAUUUAUCAUAAGCAAUGGUAGUUAUACAUACAAAAAAAAAAGUGUGCUUGGUUGUGCUGUAUGUGUAUUUGUCUAUUUGACGUUGAAAAAAAUAUUUAUGAGAAGCAUUUAUACGACAAAAUACCACUGGAAUGUGAAGCCAGACAAUGUUAAGAUGCAGAUUAUGAUGAUAGUCUAUCCCCUUUAACAUUCAGUGGCGAGGAAUCAUCUUUUAGAAAAUGAAUUACCAAUCCAUUGGCUUUUCUUUUCUUUUCUUUGACAUUGUGUGUUUCUUUGGUCUCCUCUUGUUUGUAUACUCCCUGUCGAGCCCUGUAGUAUACACAGUUUCAACGUUUACAGCUUCAUUCUGCGGUCAGCCAUCCAUCGCUCCUGCGGUUGGAACGGUACCACGUGUUGUCAUGGGAAAAAGAUGGCGAGGUGGAUUUGUAAUUCUGUACGAGGGUGAGUCUGAGCCCCUCGAGCCGUUUGCCUUCGAAUCCAUCUGUCGAACCAAAUUCUGCUUCAUAGUCUUCUGUUUCCAAACUGCCCCGACAUUCUACAUUCAGUUCGACGACAAGGGGCACAGGACAAGGUGAAAGGUUUGAGGUUUAACCCCCCCCCCCCCCCCCCCCCCCCCCCAGACACUCCCUACACAUACACAAACCAUCCUCAGUCCCCCCCACAACUAUGCUUUGUCCAGGACUGGACCGCCCUUUGCCACUGUCUCACCCAAACCUCAAGCCAUUCAUUCUACUAUUGUGUUUUAGGACUUUCUUUUUUUUUCGACAAUGCAAUCCUGAAAGCACUUUGCCUUGUUAUUCCUUUGUGUGAACAUGUGAAUGAUAAUUUGUUACAAAAAAAUGUUAAAUAUGUAAAAGAUCAUUCACUGUUUUGGAAAAACCUGCAUCUGUCUUUCUGACGUUAAAAGAAAACAAAAAAAACAACAAUUUAGUGACAUUAAACCUGAAUCUAUUUUAUAAAAUGUUUGCUGCAGCCAAUUGGUCUUGUCAUUCAGUAUUGUGGCUUAGGGUUGUUUGUGUUCAAUAAAGUGCUAUUGCUAAAUAUU